CUUUAAUAUAGUCAUAAGUGGAGCAUGGCGACGCUGGGGGUGGAGUCGGAGGAGGAAGGCGGCGGCGACGAGGAAGAGGACGAGGCUUGGGCCAUGGAGCUGGCGGACGCGGAGGCGGCAGGCGGCUCGCAGGUUCAUGAUCAAGUGGUCCCAACUCGAACUUCUUCAUUCAGAAUCAUAGUCCACGUGGAUUUGGAUUGCUUUUAUGCACAGGUAGAAAUGAUCUCAAAUCCAGAAUUAAAGGACAAGCCUUUAGGGGUCCAACAGAAAUAUUUAGUGGUUACCUGCAACUAUGAAGCUAGGAAACUUGGAGUUAAGAAACUUAUGACUGUCAAGGAUGCAAAGGAAAAGUGUCCACAGCUGGUGUUAGUUAAUGGAGAAGACUUGACCCGUUACAGAGAAAUGUCAUAUAAGGUUACAGAAUUGCUGGAAGAAUUUAGUCCAGUUGUUGAGAGACUUGGAUUUGAUGAAAAUUUUGUGGAUCUGACAGAAAUAGUUGAGAAGAGAUUACAGCAGCUUCCAAGUGAUGAACUUUCUGCAGCGACUGUGUCGGGUCAUGUGUACAAUAAUCAACCUGUAAACCUGCAUGAUGUCCUGCACAUCAGGCUACUUGUUGGGUCUCAAAUUGCAGCAGAGAUGCGGGAAGCCAUGUACAAUCAGUUGGGACUCACCGGCUGUGCUGGAGUGGCUUCUAAUAAACUACUGGCAAAAUUAGUCUCUGGCGUCUUUAAGCCAAAUCAACAAACUGUCUUAUUACCUGAGAGUUGUCAAGAUCUCAUGCAUAGUUUGAACCACAUAAAGGAAAUGCCUGGUGUUGGCUAUAAAACUACUAAACGUCUUGAAGCACUGGGCAUCACUAGUGUGCAUGAUCUCCAAACCUUUUCAUCUAAAAUAUUAGAAAAGGAAUUAGGAAUUUCAGUUGCUCAGCGUAUCCAGAAGCUCAGUUUUGGAGAAGAUAACUCUCCUGUGAUACCCUCAGGGCCACCUCAGUCCUUUAGUGAAGAAGAUUCAUUUAAAAAAUGUUCAUCUGAAGUUGAAGUCAGAAAAAAGAUUGAAGAACUGCUUACUAGUCUUUUGAACAGAGUAUGCCAAGAUGGAAGGAAGCCCCAUACAAUAAGAUUAAUAAUCCGUCGGUUUUCAUCUGGGAAGCUCUGUGGUCGUGAGAGUCGACAGUGCCCUAUCCCAUCUCAUGUAAUUCAGAAGUUAGGGACAGGAAGUAAUGAUGUGAUGACUCCUAUGGUUGAUAUACUUAUGAAACUUUUUCGAAAUAUGGUGAAUGUGAAGAUGCCAUUUCACCUUACCCUUCUAAGUGUGUGCUUCUGCAACCUUAAAGAACUAAGUAGCGCGAAGAAAGGGCCUAUGGAUCGUUACUUAACACCAUCAUUAGCAACCACACGCCCUGGCAAGCGCAGUUUUAAAAUAAAAGACACUCAUAUGGAAGAUUUUUCUAAAGACAAAAAAACAAAUUGGAGUUUUGUACCAAGUGGAAGAAUUGAAAGUACAAGGACUGGGGAGUCUCCAGUAGAUACGACAGAUUUUUCUAAAGAAAAAGAUAUUAAUGAAUUUCCACUCCAUUCACUUCCUGAGGGUAUUGACCAAGAAGUCUUUAAGCAGCUUCCAAGAGAUAUUCAAGAAGAAAUCCUUUCUGGGAAAUCUACAGAGAAUUUUCAAGGAAAAGAAAGUCUGAGUUGUCCAUUGCAUGCCUCUAGAGGAGUGUUGUCUUUCUUCUCUACAAAACAAAUGCGAGAUACUCCCUUAAAUACUAGAGAUCAUUUAUCCAGUAGCAAAGAGGUAUCCUCUUUGUGUGAACCUGGAACAUCAGGCUUAAAUAGCAGUAGUUCUUCUUUUCUGUCUAGCCACAAGGAUUAUUAUGUAGAUAGUAGACUGAAAGAUGAAAGAACAGGUCAAGAAUCUAAAGAAUCUCAGGGGUUCCACUUUUCAAAUACAAACCCUGCUGUAUCAGUUUUUCAUUCAUUUCCAAAUUUGCAAAGUGAUCAACUAUUCACUAAAAGCCACACUGCACAUAGCCAUAAGCAAACAAUAGCAACAGGUUCUCAUGAUGAAAGACUUACAGAAAAUAGAGAGCAAGAUUCUGCUGACGAGAAAAUUACUUUUCCUUCUGACAUUGACCCUCAAAUUUUCUAUGAACUGCCAAAA